AUGGAUUGCUUGGCUGGAAAUUCCUCGACUAUGUGCGUUCUUACUAUUGGUUCUCCAAUAGACCCGAGUUUCAAAUUGAAAAUUUGUGCAUAUGUAGUCGAGAAGAUUACCGGUCGGUUGCCCUCUUGUUCUCUUACAGAUAUUGUAAGCUCUAGUUUUCCCGAUAUUACCAUGACCGAUGUCAUGUGUACCCGUAUGGAUAUUCUAUUAGGAGGAAAUGUUUAUCCAAAAAUUUUAACUUCGGAUGUUAAAAAGCAUCCGAAUGGCAACCUGAUCGCCCAGAGAACAGUUUUUGGUUGGAUAGUAACUGGUGAAGUUUUUCAAUCUGAACCCCCUUAUACUAUUGCAUCGUUUUGCAAUCAAGUGGAGCUGAACGCUCAACUCGCUCGGUUUUGGGAACUUGAAAAAGUUCCACAAGCGACACGGUUGUCGGAAAAUGAGGAAUAUUGUGAAGAACUUUACCGGACUACUACCUAUAGGAACCCCGAUGGUCGCUAUGUAGUUUCACUCCCUUUUCGUCGGGAAUUUCUUAAUGAAGUGACAUUAGGAGAUUCUCGACAUAGUGCUCUGUCCCAGUUUAGGCGAAAUGAAACUCGACUUUUGAAAAACCCCGAUCUAAAAUCACAGUAUGAUACUGUAAUUAGAGAGUAUUUCGAAAUGGGACAUAUCAGAGCAGUUAACCCCCCGAGUUCAGAUGCGACUAAUUAUUAUUUACCGCAUCAUGCAGUAUUUAAACCCGAUAGUGUGACCACUAAACUUCGUGUGGUAUUUAAUGCCUCGAACCCAUCCUCCAAUGGCGUAAGCCUUAAUAAUGUCUUGUACCCCGGUCCUGUUUUACAGGCAGACCUAACGGUCUUAAUCCUACAAUGGCGACUCUUUCGUUACGUUUUUAACGCUGACAUUGAGAAAAUGUAUCGCCAAAUUUUAAUUCAUCCCGAACAGACACAAUUUCAACGGGUCUUGUACCGCUGUAGUCCCGAAGCUGAUAUAAAGGACUAUGAGCUAAAUACUGUCACAUUCGGAGUGAAUUGUGCGCCGUAUUUAGCGAUUCGAACUCUUUUACAAUUGGCCAACGAUUGUAAACCCCUAAGUCCGUUAGCAUCUGAAAUUUUGAAAACCCAAAUGUAUGUCGACGACGUACUUGCUGGCUCUCAUGAGCUAGAAGACGCUUUUAGGAGACGUAUUGAACUUACCCAUGUUCUUGAAUCGGCUGGUUUCGUUUUGAGAAAAUGGACUGCCAAUCACAUACGUCUCUUAGAAGAUUUACCCCGUGAGAAUCUGCUUGAAAUCACGGAUUCAUUGCAUUAA